CGGAUCAUACCAUGGUCCCUUGUGUUUGUUGUUAUGUGUGUUUACAGUGCUGGUGCAUGCUUGAUAGACAUAUCAAUCGAGUACAAAUUCACAACUCUCUUGCGUUUAGAAGAUCUGGAUCUCCGAAGACACCAUGACAACCAUUCCAAGAUGUCUUUGAAGGAUUUAACAGUCUUACUGUUCCAUAUGCUACCUCUGUGUAGUGGACAUUUUUGUACGGACCUUAAUAGCAUCAGCACUGUUCAGAAAGAUACCGUUCUCCUGGGGUCGAAAUUUCUCACUUUACCGAACACUGGCGUCAUCAGCUGUGGGAGACAAUGUCUACUGAGACGACGGUGCAGGUCAUUCAACGUGGAUCUAGGAAAGUCGGAAUGUCAGCUGAAUGAGCUAUCAUCGUUUGGCAGUGUGGCCAGCAAUAUUGUAGGUGUUCAGAACAGCGUGGUCAGUGACAUUGACCAGUGGCCAGGAAGACUCGCGGGAGAAUGUCAGAACCACUCAUGUCCUGACAACUCAGUGUGUAAGGUUCUGGGCACCGGGAUUCAGGGCACGGGAUUUCAGGGCAACUGGGUUCAGGGCACCGGAACUAUUUGUCAAAGUGAGUGCAGUGAUCCUCCAAGAUUAACCAAUGGUGUCGUCUCACCCAACACAACCAAAUAUGAAAUUGGUUCAACUUUGGGCUACAGCUGCGCAGCUGGGUAUCUGAAGAGCGGUGAAGCUGUUUGCCAGGCAGAUGGAACGUGGUCCAACUUCAGCUGUGAGAUUGGAUGCCAGGGUCUACCGACAAUCCUUCACUCCAUCAGAGAAUCAAUCGAUCAUACUGACCUAUGGCCAGUCGGCUCCAGCCCCAACAUCACGUGUUCACCUCCUACAGCCCAGAUGGGGAAGGUCACGUGUCUAUCGAAUGGAACAUGGUCGACGAUGACGUGUCGAAUGGUGCGGUCAUGCGGGGAAGUCCGAAACUGUAGCACGCUCAAUGGUGACGGUGAGUACUGGCUAUUUCCCCAGAUAUUCAACAACGUGUCCGUGAAGAUAUUCUGUCGUGGGAUGAACUCUGGGACCCCACAACACUAUGUCACUUUACCACGUGAAACGUUCUCCAACUAUUCAGAUACCAGCUGCAGAAAUGACCAGUUCGAAUCGUGUGUCUCUCUCCGCUACAACAAGAUCCUAAUUGACGAUACUGAUACAAUGACCACAGAAUACAAUGGUCUCACAGACCAUACAUUUGCUAACGACAGCAACUGCGAAGUCGCCGAAUACGCUGGAGCCUUUGACUGUAGCUUAGACUCUUCCUGUACCGGAAACAAGGGGAGACAAUUCAGAAUAGACACUGGUCUAACCGGCCUAGUUGUCGCCCCUGAAAUACAAUGGGUUGUAAGAAGUGGCUACGGUAAUGUGACAAUACAACGAUCCGACAGCAACCGCAUCAUCAACGGGCACUGUGUCACCAACUGCAGCUACUGUUACGCCAAUGAGGACACCAUAUCUUACAUCCCAGAUGAAUCAUUCGUGCCGAGUCUUAGCAGCGCUAAAGUACCUAUCUGUUAGUCAGUCCAGUUUGUCUAAGUCAAAGAUGUUGUGGCGACAAAAUAGUUAUUUCCUGAAUGCACAUACGCAGACACUGAUACGCCGCUCGUUGAAAUUAUCACUGGAAGAAAUGGAUAUUGUAACACUGAAAAGAAAUAUCGAUUGUUAAAAUCAAUGAGUUUGCUUUACCGUCGAUUUGGAAAGUGUUCGAGUUAAAGACGACUUGUACGCCCGAAGCAGAGUGCGAAAUAGCCACUGGCCCACUAGCCCGUGGCUAGUAAAUAUCCAGUCGGGCCAGUAAAUCUGCAAUAAUACAGAUAUGAGAUGUUUACCAUUUUAGUGAAACCCAUUAGCGUGUGUAUGGUGCCCACAGACCUGGAAUCAGGACGAACCAAUCAGUCAUAGGCUCCUGGCGUGUCCAAGGGACGUCACUCUGCACACCUAAUUGCAGCGCCUUCUGCGAAUGUGCCACCAAAGUCGGAUCAUUCUCAUGUCUGAAGCCUAAGUGUUGACACUGACGCUGAUAUUCGAAAGCAUGAUGUUACUCGGAACCAACUUCUGUAAUGUUUCUUUCAAGGACGUACCGCCAUGUGGUGUUAUUUGUCGUGUCCAGAAGCACCACACGUCGUUGAACACUAUGUUGAAACUUUCACCGGGUACCGCUAACCAAUUGGAGAAAUGAUCAUCAACGUUUGCUGAAUUUGUUCAUAAUUCCUGGAUAGAUGAACUGACAUUACGAUUUCCACCCAUUGGGGACACGUGUGGUUAUGAUCUGAGUUAGGGUCAACCCUAUGCUGGACUACGGAGACCGUAUGUUUGAUCCAUAAAUCGUUAGCUGUGUAUAACGUAUGUGACAUCAUGAAAUGCUUGUAUAUAAUGUUAUAUUAUUUAGUUUAAACUAUAUUAGAUAUUCAAUUUGGUAUAAAUGAUGGUCCAGGUUUAGAUAUAACUGAUGCUCCAGGUUUAGGUAGAACUGAUGAUCCAGGUGUAG